CAAAACAAUGAAGAGAGCUCGAUUUCAAUUACGUUUGUUCAUUUUUUGGAGCAUUUUAUGCUUAUCCUUCCAAGUGAGAGUAAAGAACAUCUCUUCUGCUGUAUCAAGGCAAAUUCGAUCCAUUGGAUUUCCCGAGGGUAGCGGAAUGGGGAUUUUUUUUGCUGUUGCAAUACCAAUAGAUAUACCUGAUAAAUCAGUUUCAGUUUCAUUUUACUUUGAAGCAAACUACGAACUUCCAUCUGACAAAAAUGCCAGUAACUUAGAAGAAUAUUAUAAUAAAAAAAGAAGAAUCGAUAGAGGUUUGGCUUAUAACAUUCUAAAAAGGAAAUUCGAGAGUGUUGGAUUUCCUGGAAAAGCAUGUCUAUUACGUUUAAUUUGUGAAUUUGCGGAAAAGCCAAUACAUGAGAAUGGAUUAAUUGGAGAUAUUUUACACAUUCUUUUCACAUUUUACAUGGGAGCAAUGGGAACAAUCCCCUUGGCCCUCACCACCGCCGUGACAAUCCUUAAUCGACUGCUAUGGACAACAUUGUACAUGAGAAAUCGAACUGAGCAGGCUUUGUACAAACAUCUCUGUACCGAACUUGCUCAGUAUACAUAUCUCUGUACAGAGCCCGGAAAUUACAGCUCUGUACAAAACAGCUUGUACCAACCGCGAUCAGUACAAAAAUCGUUGUACAGAUCGGGCUUUGUACAAUUUCGGGCUUGGACUAGAGAUGAUUCUAUCACUCAUAGUGAUAGUUAA